AAGCUGGAGAAAGCUGACAUCCUGGAGAUGACCGUUUGUUUCCUCAGACGACUGCAGCAGCAGAAUCAAGCUGUGGACUCAGCAGCUGUCCAUCAGGGCUACUCCAGGUGUGUCCAAGAGGUGACACACUUCCUGUCCAAAGAGCAGCUGAAGACACAGUCCCAGAGAGGACUGCUGAACCACUUCAACAAGCUGCAGUCUUCCUCUGAUAAGAACCUGAGAGAGGCUGACUUCUCUCCUCUGAGCUCCAUAGUCCAGACCAGCAUCACCAAAGACAAGAGUCCAGUCAACAGCGUCCUCUGGAGGCCGUGGUAGACACCUACAGACUGGAGUCACCACCAGACAAACUGACACGACCAUAUUGGUCAAAGAUUAUUAUCAGACAUAUUAUUCUGUGCAAAGUAAUUAAUCUCUGGGUCAAAUUGGACUGACAUUUCCAUUUACUUUUGGGAAUUUUUUUUCUAAGAAAAGUAUUAUUUUUUGUUUGAAAAUACCGAGUAGCACAUCAUUGUAUUCUAUGAAUACUGUAUAUUAUCUUAUUGAUUUAUCAAUAUAAUCAAAAUUUGGCCAGUAUUGGUCAGAAUUAUUACAUCUGUCUUGAACCUCUGUAAGUUCUCUGUAUCAGAUCGAUCCAGUGACAGGGGCUGACAAACAUUAGCUACUUUCUGGUAGCAUUUGAUCCUUUUUUUAUUGUACUUGAUUGACUUUUUACCGUGUAAAAAAUGAUCGACCCAUGCUGGGUCUUGAAGUUGUCUGUUCUGUCAUCAACAUGUUCUGUUGUGUUAACGGUACAAAUGUAUUUCUGAAAUUUAUUUACUCUCACUGUCAGAGAGUUUGCUCUCCUUGUUUAGCUUUUACUAAACAAUUUCCCGUGUUUUGUGAAAAAACACUGAAGCUGUGAGCUCUAUUUGAGCACAAUGUCUUUUAACUGUGAUGCAUCAUCACCAUUAGUGCCUCUGAUGUGAUCAAUUCAAUAUCUUUGAAUAAAAACAUCAACUGAAUCUUGAGCUGUGUUAUUUCAUCAUUUACUGACGUCUUAAACACUGAGCAACCUCAUCUGAAUGCAACAACAAUAUAGGGAUUGCAUUAUUUAUUGGGAUAAUUGAACUGAAUUGCACUAGUUAGUGUAGUUAGUGUAGUGCUGUUGAAUUGUGCCAGUUACUCCUGGGUUUGAAGUUAACUGUAAAAUCUUUCAAUUAUGUAUUUUAUGACUGCACACUACCAUCUAGUGGUUAGUUUAUUUAUGUGCACUUAAACACGACUCUUGGGAAGUUGCAUUACCUAAAACACAGCUGGCCCCAUUACAUACAGUUUUCAUACAAUACAGAAAAAGCUGAUUCAGCUUAUUCCAACUUUUCAUUGAAGCUUUACAAAAUUAUCACAGGUUGAAAUAUUAUAUCCCAGACUUAGUAUAUUUCUAUCUGCACCAUUUCAUCGGAUAUGUUACACAUCUUAUUCCUCAUUACUACAAUUUACCCCAAAAUUCACUCUGGCUUGUUUGGUAAUUUUUGAUAAUUUGGAAUCUACACAAGAACAGAUAAAAGAGAGGCUGCACAGCAAAAACAAGUUUGUUCUGGCUAUUCCACUACAAGCUUAUGCUUAUUGAAGUAUUGAUGUAAAAAAACCAACAACCCCUAUACUAACAGCCAUAUUAAAAAACUAUUA